AUGUUCCAGACAAGUUUCAUCCUCAUCCUGCCUUUGACAAUGACAUCUUGGGCUACAACAUUUAUGCUGCUGGUGAUUCUGAUGAGAAAAAUUGGAGCCAAAUCCAUCAGAUGUCAUAUAACUGAAUACAGGAUAGGAGAAGAGUGCUGUCCUAGGUGUAAUGUUGGCUAUAGAGUCACAACAGACUGCACUGAGUUUGAAACUACAUCCUGUCAGCCAUGUUCACAUGGGACAUUUAUGGACCUGCCAAAUGGACAAAAGAAAUGUAAUCCAUGUUCUACCUGUGAUUCAGGAGCUGGGCUGAAAGUAAAGCGACAAUGUGUAAUAACUGCAGACACAGUUUGUGAACCAAUGGAGGGAUUCUACUGUACAGACCUUAAAUCAGGAGGUUGUUCUGUAGCACAGAAACACAGGAGCUGUGAACCAGGACAUUACAUCAGCAGGAUGGGAACAGCCUCCACAGACACAGAAUGCUCUGAAUGCAGCAGUGGAUCAUUUUCUGAUGGAACAAUGUUGUCAUGUCAGCCUCACACACAAUGUGAAAAUGAAAACCUUCAUCUGAUAAAAGCAGGAACAGCUUCAACUGAUGCUGAAUGUGGAGGAAAAAGUUCCAACACCACAGAAAUUGUGAUCAGUGUUUUGGUGGUUUAUUUAUUAGUUGCAGCAACAAUUGUUGUUGUUGUUGUUGUUCUCUGGAAAACUAAAAAAAUUAAAAUACCAAACUUUUGUACAAAACUACAAAACCCCCAAAGGGACCAAGCAGAAGGAAAAGAACAGGGAGUUUGUUUAAAUGUACAAGGACAAUAAACACACUGAUGGUGACAAGCUACUAGCUAGUAGCCACAGCUUCCCUGGGACAGUCUAACAGAAGUGAUGCUACCAAACAUUGACACCACCAGGUUCUCUGAUCAACACCAGCAGGCAAGACGACUGAACUGUCUUGCAGAAGGACACAAUGACCAAGAUCGGUGGAGCAGGAAUUAAACCAGCAACCUGCCGAUUGCAGGGCGAAGUUUUACCACCAUCGUCAGUAAAUGAAUUACUCCAUGUGAAACCAACCUCAGACAUUUGUACAGUUUUAUAAAAAACCUGAUGAUCCACCAGCUUUAAGAUCAUUUUAUUGAUAUUGAUGUUCUGCUUCACAGGAACCUGACAUAAAAUGUUAACAUUGCUAA